GACAUUGUUAAGUUUUUACUUUUAUUUUUUCUCAGUGUGAUUUUUUCUCAGUUACUUUUAUUUUUGCAUCUUAGGGCCAGUUUAGAUAGAAAACAAGAGUAAAUUGUUUUCAAAACACUCAGAAAUUUUAAUCUCAGAAAUUUUCUAAAAAAAAAACAAGAAAUAUUCUGAUCUCUGAAAGUUGAACAUUUGCAAGGAAAAACUGAACAUUUAUGAAAAAACUCAGAAAUGUUCUAGAAAAAAACAAGAAAAUUUCUGAGCACCAAAAGUUUCAAUAUUUCCACUUUUGGAAAUUGUCUGUUUCAAAAGGGCGAAAAUGUUUGACUUUUUGAUCUUGGAAAUUUCCAUGUUUUUUUGUUUAGAUUAAUCUCAAAAUUUCAGAUUUUUUUGGUUAAAAUUUACAAAUUUUUUUUUUUUUACUUAAUGGCGAGUUUUAUCAAAACAAACCCAACUCAUUAUUUCUGCUGCUGUUCUGGCGACCAUGUUGAGGAAGAACGCCCCAGAUACAAGCCAGUGGUCACACAACUCGCACCGCCAAAAAUCCCAGAAGGAGAGAGAGUUGACUUUGACGAUAUCCACAGGAAGAGGAUGGAGAAGGAUCUGCUGGAGCUGCAAACUCUGAUCGAUGUUCACUUUGAGCAGAGGAAGAAGGAGGAAGAGGAGCUGAUUGGACUCAAAGACAGAAUUGAGAGAAGGAGAGCAGAGAGAGCUGAGCAGCAGCGUGUGAGGGCUGAAAAAGAGCGAGACAGACAGACACGGAUUGCAGAAGAACGACAGAGGAAAGAGGACGAGGAAGCGAAGAAGAGAGCGGACGAUGAGGCCAAGAAGAAGAAAGUGCUCUCCAACAUGGGCGCUCACUUUGGAGGAUUCCUUGCAAAGGAAGAACAAAGAAGAGGCAAGAGACAAACAGCAAGAGAGAUCAAGAAAAAGACUCUGGCAGAGAGACGGAAGCCACUGAGUAUUGAGAGUCUGAAGGAGGACGGCCUCAGAGAGAGAGCCAAGGAGAUGUGGGAAUGGAUCUAUCAGCUGGAAUCAGAGAAGUUUGACCUCACUGAGAAGAUGAAGAAACAGAAAUAUGAAAUCAACGUCCUGCUGAACAGAAUCCAACAUGCUCAGAAAUUUAAGAAAGGCCAUGGGAAGGGGAAGGUUGGAGGCCGAUGGAAGUGAAGUUUCCCACAUGGAAACUCAGGAGAAGAUUUUCCCCAGCUUGAGGAUUUAGCUGUAGUCAUUUUCUUGUGUUCAGCUUUUCAAGUUUAAUUGCCCAUUCAGUUAAUAAAACACAUGCUUCAAUUAAA